CACACCACGAAGGCCCGGCUGUCGUCGCAGAGCCAGGGACACCAUGGACGACCACAAGCGGCUGUGUGGGCCCGGGGCGCCAACCCGCGUGCCAGUGGGCAGGGACUGCGGGCCCUGGUACAAAGACAAUCUGCCUUCCAAGUGUUACAGAAAGCACAAGCACAGGCCAACGUGCCCCACCUCUCUGAACAGUCUGCGAUGGAUAUUUGUGAAGAAAGGACUGGAUGACUUCCGGAAAGGCUGCCCACCUUGUGAGGGUCUGAUCACUCGGGGUCCUCAGGAGGCCUUUCUCCCCCAGAUUCGUCCCACAGCUCCUCGACCUGCCCCAAAGAAGAGGCAGCACAGGCGGCCCAAGGAAGCAGCCUCGUUUUCCAAGCUCUCGCCAGCCCAGCAGGCACAGAAGGCCUUCCUGGUGGAUGUUCAAGCCCAGCUGACCCCGCACCCCUUGGCUCUCUACCCGAAUCUGGGGGAAGACAUGCCUGUUGAGCUCUUAUUAAAGGUGCUGGAAGUGCUGGAUCCCGUCAGGAAACUGGAGGACACCUGGGCUUAUUGUCAGGGCAUCAGGAAAAGAACAAAGGAACCGGCAAAACUUUUAAAAAAACAUUCUACUGAAAUCCACCCGGGACUUCCCAAGAAGACUCCUGGGUCGCAUCCAGGUCAAUGGCUUUUUAAAGAAAAGAAGCCAAGUGAAACAGAUUUGCUACACCAAGAUGGUCCUCUUCUUCAUGAAAAUGUACGCAAAGGAGUUAGUGACUUCUGCAACUGGGCUACUUCUUUUGGAAGUUCAAACAUUGAUGAAGAGUUCAUCCUGAAACAGUUUGACAUUGACUACUGGAGCAAACCAAGCCAUGAUGUGCUCCACACAAUGAGACUCAACCAGGUUCCUCUGGAGGUAAAGAAACUGCGGGAGCCACGAUUUUUCCAGAAACUAGACUAUGAGCAGAAACACCGGAAACUGCAGAAUUCUUAUAAACCAAAGUAUGUGAAGAUGAAGUAUGGAGCCUGGUACCUGAACACCAAGUUGUGGAAAAAGCAAAGAGCAGAUGAACCUUUGGUUGACCCUAAGGUCUCAUGUAAAGCUCAAGAUGAGAAUUUUAAAAAGGAGCUGCAGGAACGGGGGGAGUUACUUGCAGACCUUCAUGGAACAAUUGCCUUUAAGGAUUUCAUUCUAAGCAGGGGCUACAGGAUGCCGAGUUUCCUUGAGAAGAUGUACAUCAGGAAGGAAUGUUAAUGUGAGUGUAAUAAGACGUCUAUAAAAUAACUCAAGCAUAGAAGAAUCUUGGGAGGAUGAUUAGACCAAUUUUAUUUACUACAUACUUGGCUAUUUCUCUACCUCAUUUUUAAACCUUAAAUACAAUUUAUGAGUGUUCCGUGGUUGUACAACUUUGACUUGGCAAUGUUCAUAAUUUCAUACCUAAUACAAACAUUUCACAAUGGCUCUCUGCUUCUGUUAAUCAGUAUCUUAUGUAUCAUAUCAACUGUGAGAUCAAUAUUCACAUAUAGUCUUCUCAUAUUUUUGUGGCAUUGUCAAUAUAACAUAGUUAU